AUGGAGGAGAUUAGGGAGGAAUUGGGCCUCCAGUUGGCGAAACACAACGCAAAAGUUAUUUCGACGGUCCAAAGACAUAAGUUUGAACAGGUUCGAUUUGUGGCCGGUAUUCUCAAGACUCUAGGCAAGCCACCAGUGGAAGAAGAGUAUGAACAAUGGCGAUCUUUGAAGCAUGUGUAUACGCAGAAAUUCUACAGAUUUCCCGCUUUCAACCUUGCUGUUGUUAAAUUAACUAAACCAUGGGUUUUCAAUAAGUUUAUUAAUAAAAUACCGUAUGCAAGUAUAGACCAAGAUUUUGAUGGAGUUUGUACGGCAACCGCUGUGAAGGCUACGAGAAGCUGGUCAGCAGUUAGAUAUUUAUAUACCGAAGAGGUUGAAAUGAUGCAAAGAGAAGAAUGCGAACAGCUUCUGUGUAGAAGUUGCAGACUAUUUAUGUGCACUAUAUUUGAUAAUCGGAACCAGCACGCUUACUCUGAAACUGAAGGUGGUGGAUUAGUGUGCUACGAAACAGGGGAUCCAGCGGAGGUAGACGAGAACCAAGGUGUUUUGGUUGCUGUGACCACCAUUGUCAACGUUGGUCUUCCAAACCUCCACAUGCGUGUUGGGUUAUUCAAUAAAUGGGUGACUGACGUCAGCUGUGACGUGCAUGUUAACAAAUUUAUAAUGGUCCUUUGUAUAUUGUUAUUGUGCUAUUAA